AUGUCGGCGGUCAACGGGAAAGACACGACGACGGAGCAGCCGCCGGUGCCGCCCUCGUCGCUGAUACGCCGCGUCAGCUCGCGGUCCAUCCGCAACUCGAUAUCCGAGGAGAAGGAGAACGGCGUGGACGGCACCAGCGCCACGAAGGGAUCCUUCGUCAGCAAAUACAAGAAGGCGCCCGAGGCCCUGAAGGGAUUCAUCAACGAUGCGGAGGACGAGCUCGAGGUGCCUGGGACUCCGAUGACGCCGCGCACGUCAACAACACCUGGCCACGAGAACUGUACGUUCCACCAUGACCUUGAGCUGGAUCACAGGCCUCCGACCAGGGAGGCGCUUCUGCCAGACAUGGCCAACUCCUACAGACUACUACUCACAGGUUUGGGCGAGGAUCCCGAGAGGCAGGGCUUAUUAAAGACCCCAGAGAGGGCGGCAAAAGCCAUGCUGUUCUUCACAAAGGGCUACGACCAGAGCUUGGAAGAGGUGCUGAACAACGCAAUCUUCGACGAGGACACGGAUGAGAUGGUGGUGGUCAAGGACAUCGAAAUGUUCUCCAUGUGCGAGCACCAUUUGGUGCCGUUCUACGGGAAGGUGUCCAUCGGCUACCUUCCGCAGGGCAAGAUCCUCGGGCUGAGCAAGCUGGCCAGGAUCGUGGAGAUCUUCUCUCGCCGGCUGCAGGUCCAGGAGCGGCUGACCAAGCAGAUAGCCAUCGCCGUGACGCAGGCGGUCAGACCAGCCGGCGUCGCCGUCGUCAUUGAGGGAGUGCAUAUGUGCAUGGUGAUGCGGGGCGUCCAGAAGAUCAACAGCAAGACGGUCACCUCUACCAUGCUCGGCGUGUUCCGGGACGACCCUAAGACCAGGGAGGAGUUCCUCAACCUGGUUCACUCCAAG